AUGUCCUCCGUCGCCGCUCACCACCUCUCGGCGAGGCCCGCGGUGGCCUGCCGCGCGACCCUUUCCCGACGGACCGCCGGCGACCGCGCCCCAGUCCGCACCAGGGUCCGGUCUCCCGCCGUCGCGGCCGCCGACACGGAGAAUCUUCCGGCGAACCUCAAGAAGAUCGUCUCAGCGUUCCAGAUGGUCCCCGACGCGAUGCAGCGGUACAAGCAGCUGCUGUUCUUCGCGGCGAAGCUGAAGGGCUUCGAUGAGGCGGACCGGGUGGACGAUAACAAGGUUCCCGGGUGCGUGAGCCAGGUGUGGGUGGUGCCGAGGAUCGAGGACGGACUGGUGUACUUCACCGCCGACUCGGACUCGCAGCUCACCAAGGGCCUCGCCGCGCUGCUGGUGGAGGGGCUGAGCGGGAGCACGCCCAAGGAGAUCAUGGCGGUGGAACCCAACUUCGUGGAGCUCCUGGGCCUGGGCCAGAGCCUCACGCCGAGCCGCACCAACGGGUUCAUGAACAUGCUCAGGCUCAUGCAGAAGAAGACCCUGGAGGCGUACAUGGCAGAUGAAGCUGCGGCAAAGGAGUGA